AUGGACAAGCCAGAAUCAACCGCCUCCCUCGACAGCACUUGCUAUCCCCACAUCCUGGACGCCGUUGUCAACCUCGCUUCACGCGGCUCGCUCAUCGCUCUCCGCGGUGCCGACCGCGCCCUCCGGGAGAAAUGCGAUGAGCUACUCGCCCAGCAUCUCGUGCUCCGCUACUAUCCCCUAAUGUCAUUCCACCCAAGGUGGUUCAUCCCAGCUUACCUGUCCUCUCCACAGGGGCGCGUACCCGCGCUUCUGGAGUGGAACCACCAACGCCUUAACGAAGAGAGGGCGCUACGGACGGUAGCGGAACCCCAAUACAUACCAGGCAUGGUGGAGAUCAGCCCCCUUCACGGGGACGACUACCUCACAGACGCAGACCGUCAUGAGAUGACCUCAUCCCUCCGUCAUAGCCCACACCCUGCCUGCUUGCGGGGCACGCGCGUCCUAGAUCUCGCGGGCGCUCGGGAUACCCACCUUCCCAAGGUGCUCGCUCACUGUUCACCUCUCGUCCGCAUCGGUCGGGAGCAGUUCAGACACAGCACACUUAUGACGGGCAGCAGGUGGAACGGGACUUUUACCGCCCCUCAAGCGGUAGUGUGGACGCAUCUCUGGGACUGGGGUCAUGGCGGAGCACACGACUAUCACGGCGGUUACAUCCCACGCCUCAGUGCCCGCCAUCUCGUGCUCAACCUGACCUUCGACCCACACACAACCCGCAACUCCUGCUUCAUCGACGUCAUGUACGCCGACACUGUCGAGGACGUGACUGUAGUCUUUCACGGGUCGAGCGGAGAUGUGAGAAGCCUGCCGUCUCACCCGUACUUCGGAGACCUGCCGAGACCACCACCACGGAGAACGCUCGGCCAGCUCGUGACUGCGCUGUACUACAGCUGUCGGGUACCGCAUACGCUUGUCAACCUUUCCGCUAUCCCCGCUUCGUGGUGGGCCCAGAGCAGGCCUUGGGAUGAUAAUGGGGCCCGCGAGACCCUACACGCCGCCCUGCUUGAGCGCCAAAGUGUCGAUCCCCACCCUGCACUCGACGUCGACGCGUUGCUCGACAAUUUCAGGGUGGUUUCGAUGGGCGAAUAUCACACGAUGGUCGGUGAGGAGAUGUUUGAGCUGUACACAAGUUAG